AUGCCACUGGUAGAUUCUGUCAACAUGUCGAUGCCAUCCACGCCCGCGAAGGCGACGCGCAAGUUUCCCCCAAACGCAGCCAAGGAUGCUUCACCACCACCACAAGGCGGCACCCACACCCGCAGCCCCGUCGAGAGCCCCAGCAACAGCUCCUACAUAGCUGCUUCGAUACCUGCGCUGCAGCUGCAGAUAUUUGUUUUCCUCUGGGAACGGUUGGUCGAUGACCCGGUCGCAACCAUGAGCCGUUUGAUCUUGCCUGUCAUGGCAUUGAUCCAAACAUUCUACGCCGUUGUUCUUCUUCCGGUUGCAGGUUCAGGCAAACCGUCGCGGAAACCAAGGCCGGGCGAGAAGAGGAAGGCUCAAGGCGGGGAACCCAACAUUGCGCUGGCCACGCUGCUCUCCCUUCUUCUCACACUCAUCGCGACUCCGCCGAUUCAUGCUGUAAUGGUUCUGUUCGGAGCGCCGUUUCUCACACACGCGCCACACACGUUCUUAUGUGCGCUGAACCUCUCACUGCUGACCCUGUUCCCGCUAUUCUAUACUCGCGGUGCCGACGCGAGCGCCUGGCGCGCCCUGGCUGGACUUACUGCACCCCUUGACGAGAGUGUGGGAGGCCUUGUUGGAGCAUGCGUUGGUGCGUGGCUGGGAGCCGUGCCCAUCCCUCUCGACUGGGACAGGGACUGGCAGCGCUGGCCUGUAACUGUGCUGACGGGUAUAUACGUGGGCUACGCGAUUGGAUCCUAUGGCGGUAUGGCUCUACUUAGGGUUAGGAAGUACGGUGGUAAGAGGUCUUGA